UGCUCUUAAGGCAGGUCCUCUGGAGGUGAACCAGGCCUCCCCUUACACCUCACCUGGACUUGGUCGUCUUGGUUCCAGGAGCCAGAAGUGAACGCAGUAGCCAGCCUGCCCGCCCUGGACACCAGGUCCUGGGAGUUCCUGGUUGGCAAGUGACGUCUCUGGGAUGUAAGUAAGGCUGGUUGCAAGUCAGAAGUAAACCGCUGGGUCACUGCCCCCACCAUGUCACAGGUGAUGUCCAGCCCUCUGUUGUCAAGAGGCCAUCCAGUCAGCCUGGCUCCCUGUGAGGAAGCCAGGAGGGCUCUGCAUCCAACACCCAGCCCCAGCCUGCCACCUCAGUGUCCUUACUAUACCACAGAAGGCUGGGGAGCCCAGGCCCUGCUGGCCCCCAUGCCCUGCAAAGGGCCCCCCAGUAGGCUCCCACAGGCACCCCCAGCUGGGGGCAAAGACAGCUGCCUCCUACCUGGUGAGCAGUCCUUGGGGGCCCUGGAGGAACUUGACUCCUAUGUUGACUUCUCACUGGAGAGCCUCAACCAGAUGAUUCUGGAACUGGACCCCACCUUCCAGCUGCUCCCAUCCGGGGCUGGUGGCCCCUGGGCAGAACCCACCCAGAGCACUACCUCAAGAAGAAAGAAAGAGGAGCCCGAAGCCUUGGAUAUAAAGUACAUCGAGGUGACCUCUACCAGAUCAAGGUGCCAUGAUGGCCCCCAGCGCUGCUCCAGCCCGUCCGUCACCCCACCCUUGGGGUCCCCACGCAGCGGUGGCCUCCUCCUUUCCAGAGACAUCCCCAGAGAGACUCGAAGCAGCAGCGAGAGCCUCAUCUUCUCUGGGAGCCAGGGAAGGGGGCACCAGCGCCCACCUCCCCACUCAGCGGCCCCCUCCUCUUAUCCCUCACCUUCUCCCAGCAUCUCCAUCCCUUGCAUGGGAAGCAAGGCCUCGAGCCCCCAUGGCUUGGGCUCCCCACUGGUGGCAUCUCCAGGCUUGGAGAAGGAGCUGGGGGGCCUGACCCCACAGCAGGGCAGCAGGGUCUCCAUACUGUCAGCCAGCCCAACAUCUGAUGUCAGCUACGUGUUUGGAAGCAGCCAGUCCCUCCUCCACUCCAGCAUUUCCAGCCAUCAGUCGUCUUCUAGAUCUUUGGAAAGCCCAGCCAGCUCUUCCUCCAGCCUCCACAGCCUCAGCCCAGUGUCCCUGUGUACAAGAGCCAGUGACUUCCAGGUCCCCAGAAACCCCAUCCCAAGCAUGAGCCAGUUCAGAGCAACCCACUCCCCACCACUGGCCAAGGAGCAUGCCAGCAGCUGCCCCCCAUCAAUCGCCAACUCCAUGGUGGACAUACCCAUCGUGCUGAUCAACGGCUGCCCGGAACCUGGGUGUCCCCCAUCCCCGCAGACCACAGGACACCAGGAUUUUGUCCAGCAGGAAAUGGCAUCUUCCAGCAACCCAUAUCCAGCUGCCAGGAGCCACAGCCAGACCCUGACAGAUGCCCCUCUCACCACAUCCCCAGAGGGUCCCACCAGGGACAUCCAGCCUACCAUGAAGUUUGUGAUGGACACAUCUAAAUACUGGUUUAAGCCAAGCAUCACCCGGGAACAAGCAAUUGAGCUGCUGAGGAAGGAGGAGCCAGGGGCUUUCGUCGUGAGGGACAGUUCCUCCUACCGGGGCUCUUUCGGCCUUGCCUUGAAGGUGCAGGAGGCCCCUGGACCUGCCCAGAACCAACCAGCUGAGGACAACAGUGACCUUAUCCGCCACUUCCUCAUCGAGUCUUCUGCCAAAGGGGUGCAUCUCAAAGGAGCAGAUGAAGAGCCCUACUUUGGAAGCCUCUCUGCCUUCGUGUGCCAACAUUCCAUCAUGGCGCUGGCCUUGCCCUGCAAACUCACCAUCCCACAGAAAGAGUUGGGAGGUGGAGAUGGGGCCUCAGACCCCUCUACAGACAGCCGAGCCUCCUGCCUGAAGAGUUCUGCAGGCUGCCACGCCCUCUACCUGAGCUCCGUGAGUGUGGAGACCCUGACCGGAGCCCUGGCUGUGCAGAAGGCCAUCUCCACCACCUUGGAGAGGGAUGUUCUCCCCACGCCCACUGUGGUCCACUUCAAAGUCACUGAGCAGGGCAUCACCCUGACCGACAUCCAGAGAAAGGUGUUUUUCCGGCGCCAUUACCCCCUCACCACCCUCCGCUUCUGUGGCACAGACCCUGAACAACGGAAGUGGCAGAAGUACUGCAAGCCCUCCCGGAUCUUUGGAUUUGUGGCCAAGAACCAGACUGAGUCACAGGAGAAUGUAUGCCACCUCUUCGCAGAGUAUGACGCAGUCCAGCCAGCCUCACAGGUCAUCAACCUGGUGGGCACCCUGCUGCAGGACGCAGACAGGAUGUAGGGAGGGAGCUGCUCCCUGGGCCCCUUCCCAGACAUCCAAGGGGCUGGAGCCCCUGAACAAGGGCUGGUGGCCACAUGCAUACACUGGACUGGAGGAGAACAGUAAAAAGUUGAAAUCUUUGGACUCCUGUGACCUUCAGCAGUGAACUUCAUCCAGAACCCCCCCAACCAGGCCUCAGUUUCCUCACCCAUAAAAGGGAGCCGAUAGACAGGAUCAGCUGUUCUCCUCAGACUUUGGUGAGCAUCUUAAGUUCCCUGUGAUUCUGAAGCACACCACAUCUGAGGACCCCCACAGGGGACAAGCUGAGGACCCCUGCCUCCAUCAGCCUGGACACUACUGACACAGCAGCCUGAGCUAGAGCCCUGUGACUCUCUGUGUGCCGGGUCAGGACCCACAGGGCCCUGGAACCUGGCCGGCCUGGGCCCACAUGGUACCCAAGGAAUGAGGAGCAAAGGGGAAACAGACUGACUAGACCUCUCUCCAUAUCUUCUCCUUUUCCCACAUCCCUGACAGCUUCUUAGGCAACUCUUGCCAGGACAAAGUUGUCCUGGGUUCUUUAGGCUGACACGGCCACAUUGGAGGGGGCAGCUUGGCAAAAGGAAACCUGCCCCCAUAGUCGGAGACCUCCUACUGCCCUCACGUUCUUGACAUCAAAUCUCCACCAUUACAAAUGAGUAUAAUGAGCCCUAUCUUUUCUUUCAAUUUUUUGGCAAACAAGUGUCCUUCAGCUGGUGUCACAACUGCCUUAGUGUUACUUGUGGAACCCACACAUCAGGAGUAGGGGCAGGAGAGAAGACACAAGGGCCAGAUUUCUCUGGUUCUGUCUCAGCUCCAGUCCUGCUAAGUGCGCGCGCGCGCACGCACGCACGCCCUGUACAGUGGUGUGGCAUCAACGGGCCCCACAGCCACACGAGGGCAGCGGAGAGUCAGGACUGCAAACAGGCAGCCACCCCAAGAGGCUGGCAGAGGCUGCACGGACUUUCCUCCCCGACCCCCAUCAAGGCUCCCAAGAAGCUGGAAUAGUUUGUCUAGCAAGCCUGGGGUCCUAAGGAAACCAUACCAUGAGGGUGGAAGAGAAGACUCGGAGAAGAAGCCGAUUUCUGCUCGACAAGCAACAAGGGCCUCCCCCUCCCAGCUGUGGGCCUUGCCAGAGCAUCAUUAUCUUUGGCCAGCAAUGGGCCUGAGGAGUUAUGAUUUCAACCCAGAAAAUUAAACCGGACUAAAGCGGCCCUGAGCUGGUAGGACCGGCUAAAACCAGCCCACCAGGCCUGUGGUCAGGCCCCAUCCCAGAGACUACAGAAUGCUAGACAAGGUUCUCAAGGUCAUAGCCUGGAGGCUGGCACAGAGCUCCCCUUGUAUCCAUGGGGGCCUGUGUAGCCCCCGUCACAGAAAAUAAAGUGUCUGUCUGCACAGCA